AUGGCGGCGGGCAGCGCCAUCCAGAUCCCCAGCCGGCUCCCGCUGCUGCUCACCCAUGAGGGCGUCCUCCUGCCCGGCUCGACCAUGCGGACGAGCGUGGACUCGCCGCGCAACAUGCAGCUGGUGCGCAGCCGGCUCCUGAAGGGCACCUCGCUGAGAAGCACCAUCAUCGGCGUCAUCCCCAACACCAGCGACCCCACCUCCGACUGCGACGACCUGCCCUCCCUGCACAGGAUUGGCACUGCUGCCUUGGCAGUUCAGGUGGUUGGUAGCAACUGGCCCAAGCCACAUUAUACGUUGCUGGUUACGGGCCUCUGCCGAUUCCAGAUCCUGCAGUUGCUGAAAGAGAAGCCGUAUCCUGUUGCUGAAGUUGAACAGUUAGAUCGACUUGAGCAGUUUACUAAUCAGCAUAAAUCUGAGGAGGAACUUGGAGAGUUGUCAGAACAAUUCUACAAGUACGCAGUGCAGUUGGUUGAGAUGCUGGAUAUGUCCGUUCCUGCAGUUGCAAAGCUGAGACGUCUUUUGGACAAUCUGCCUAGAGAAGCUUUGCCAGAUAUACUGACUUCUAUCAUCCGUACAUCCAACCAAGAGAAACUUCAGAUUUUAGAUGCUGUUAGGCUGGAAGAACGGUUCAAGAUGACUAUACCGUUGCUUGUUAGACAGAUUGAAGGCCUGAAGCUGCUUCAGAAAACAAGAAAGCCCAAACAGGAUGAUGAUAAAAGGGUUGUAGCUAUUCGUCCUAAUAGAAGAAUUAAUCACGUUCCAAGCACUACAGAAGAUGAUGAGGAAGAAGAAGAUCAUGAUGAUGUUGUCAUGCUGGAAAAAAAGAUUAGAACAUCCAGUAUGUCAGAACAAGCUCUUAAAGUUUGUCUUAAGGAAAUAAAGAGAUUAAAGAAGAUGCCUCAGUCAAUGCCAGAAUAUGCUUUGACAAGAAAUUACUUGGAACUGAUGGUAGAAUUGCCAUGGAACAAGAGUACAAAAGAUCGCCUUGAAAUUCGUGCAGCUCGAAUUCUUUUGGAUAAUGAUCAUUAUGCUAUGGAGAAGUUGAAGAAGAGAGUUUUGGAGUACUUAGCUGUCCGACAGCUUAAAAACAACCUCAAGGGACCUAUUCUUUGUUUUGUGGGGCCCCCAGGAGUUGGUAAAACUAGUGUUGGAAGAUCCAUUGCAAAGACUUUGGGUCGAGAAUUCCACAGAAUUGCUUUAGGAGGAGUCUGUGAUCAGUCUGAUAUUCGAGGCCACAGGCGCACCUAUGUUGGCAGUAUGCCUGGCAGAAUAAUCAAUGGACUGAAGACUGUUGGGGUUAACAAUCCAGUAUUCCUGUUAGAUGAGGUUGAUAAACUGGGGAAGAGCUUGCAGGGGGAUCCUGCAGCAGCCUUGCUUGAGGUCUUGGAUCCAGAACAAAAUCACAGUUUCACCGAUCACUACUUAAAUGUAGCCUUUGAUCUGUCCCAAGUCCUUUUUAUAGCUACAGCCAACACUACAGCUACUAUCCCACCUGCUCUGCUGGACAGAAUGGAAAUUAUUCAAGUUCCAGGAUACACACAAGAAGAAAAAAUUGAAAUUGCACAUAGACACUUGAUUCCUAAACAGCUUGAACAACAUGGCCUGACUCCACAGCAAAUACAGAUUCCACAAGUAACCACUUUGGACAUAAUUACCAGAUACACUAGAGAGGCAGGAGUCCGCUCUCUGGAUCGGAAGCUGGGAGCUAUUUGCAGAGCAGUGGCAGUGAAAGUGGCAGAAGGACAGCACAAAGAAACAAAGCCAGAUCGUGCUGAAAUGGGUGAAGGAGAAGAUUGCAAAGAGCAUGUCACGGAAGACGCAAAACCAGAAUCCAUCAGUGACACAGCUGACCUGGCUCUGCCACCUGAAAUGCCAAUUUUAAUUGAUUUCCAUGCUUUAAAAGAUAUCCUGGGGCCACCCAUGUAUGAAAUGGAGGUGUCUGAACGCUUAAGUCAGCCAGGAGUAGCCAUAGGCUUGGCUUGGACUCCCUUAGGGGGAGAGAUCAUGUUUGUAGAAGCUAGUCGCAUGGAUGGAGAAGGUCAGCUCACUUUGACUGGUCAACUCGGAGAUGUUAUGAAGGAGUCGGCACAUCUUGCAAUUAGCUGGUUGCGCAGCAAUGCAAAGAGAUAUCAGCUAACCAAUGCUUCUGGAAGUUUUGAUCUCCUUGACAACACUGACAUCCAUCUGCACUUCCCAGCUGGAGCUGUCACAAAAGAUGGACCAUCUGCUGGUGUUACCAUAGUAACCUGUCUUGCUUCACUCUUCAGUGGGCGGCUGGUGUGUUCAGAUGUAGCCAUGACAGGAGAAAUUACACUAAGAGGCCUUGUUCUUCCAGUUGGGGGAAUUAAAGACAAAGUCCUGGCAGCACACCGAGCUGGACUGAAGAGAAUUAUCAUUCCUCGAAGAAAUGAAAAAGAUCUUGAAGAAAUUGCGGUGCAUGUACGGCAAGAUUUGACUUUUGUUAUGGCAAGCUGUCUAGAUGAAGUUCUUAAUGCAGCUUUUGAUGGAGGAUUUGCAGUCAAGCCCAGAGUUGAGCGUUUGAAUAGUAAACUUUAAGCAGACAGGCUCAGAUUACUUCUGUAUCAAAUUGAAUAGAGAUGAAUAACUAUCAGCUAUAUAUGUAUCAAGUAUAACUAUGAGCUAAACUUGAUUAAAUGUGGGUGUAAAAUGCAAUCAAAAUAAAAAUAUUACUUCAGCAGUUAACAACCUGAAACCACCUUUUACGGGCAUUUGCUGCUUUUUACUAUCAUCAGCAAAGGAUCUUGAAAAAAAAACUCAUUUCCUGAUAGAUGCAAGUUGAAGCUGUCGAGAAAGAAUUCCUCAGUUUAUCUAGCAUAUAUGUAUGUAAAUGUCAGCACAUGAUUACAUCUUUAAAGAGGACACAUCCACAAACAGCGAAUAAUAUGCAAUUCUGUGAGCUAUAUUCAGAGAACACCAAUUGCAGCAAAUGCAGCGCAGCAAGAGAGUCUUAAUAGAUGGGGUUGUCACCAAAAAGCAAACUGAUUUAGCGCAAAAGUUUACUUAUUUAGGAAAUAACAUUCAAUGUGCUAAUACGGAGCAGUUAGAAUCACAGGAAAAAUAAGGUUUUUGAAAUCUAAAAAAUAUGCUCGAGGGAUUUGAACAGAAGCAAUAUGGUCUAAAUUAAGUUAGUAAGUCCUUCCAGCACUCAGUUUGAGUUUGUAGCAAGGUCAAUGCAGACAUAAUUUUUCAAACCUAAAUACAGGAAGCAACUGCAGAAGAACUGAAACGUACUAAUUCUUGUAUAGGAAGGGAGAUAAUGCUCUAAAGUUCACGUACGCAGUUGUACUUACAGCACCAGAAGUAGGUGGAGCAUACUUGAAGACUUUAUGAAAAAGCCUGGCAACAUUUUGGAGGGACAAAGUACACGUCCUUCAUUCUUACCUGAUACAAAUCAACUUGAUUCUGGGAUGCCUACGUUCGGAGUUUAGCCUAUAAAAAUUACAUCCAUUUAAACAAUGCCAAGAAAAUACUGGAUCAUUAAAUUGCAUUAGGUACUGCAUACUGUGAAUAAUGUAAGGUUUACAAAAGUCUGUCAGUAUCCCAUCUCAGUUGAUAGCUUUGUCUCUUAUCUCCCCUUGAAUGUCAGUGAAGACAGAAAUUUAAACUUGUGUAAGAUCCUUGAGUUUUUCACUGUUUGAUACUAGGGUCAACCACAAGAGAAAACCCAGGAUGUUACAUUCUCUUCUUGCUCAUUAAUUCUGAAACAAACACAAGUAUGCUUAUGAAAUGCAAAUUGUAUCAGUGACAAAAGCCUAUUAUAUAGAAGCAGCCUAUAAAGCAAACAUAAUUGUUUUGCUUUCAUUUCCAUAGACAGAAAGCUGAUUUACCUGGAACAUAAUAGCACUGAUAGUAAUAAAUUCAGUGGGUA